GUGGCCCGGAAGUGGAAGUGCGGGAGGGAGGGCGGCCGCGGCGGGUAGAGGACGGGGAAGAUGCCCGCUGUGCUGAUGGCGGGGAAGUCUGUGGCUUUCGGCAAGUUGCUGGAGCAGUGCGAGACGCAGGAGCUGGAGGCUCCAGGUGGAAUAGCAACGCCUCAGGUUUAUGGCCAACUUCUUGCUUUAUAUCUUCUGCACAAUGACAUGAAUACGGCAAGAUAUCUCUGGAAGAGAAUACCCCAAGCCAUCAAAACUGCUAAUCCUGAGCUGGGAGCAAUAUGGUCUGUGGGGCAGCGUGUCUGGCAAAGAGAUUUCCCAGGAAUUUACUCAGUAAUUAGCUCACAUCAAUGGUCUGAUACCAUCCAGCCUAUAAUGGAAGAACUAAGAGAUGCUACAAGACGACGUGCCUUCGGUCUCGUUGCUCAAGCAUACACCUCAAUUAGUGCCGAUGAUCUUGCAGCCUUUGUAGGGCUUCCGGUAGAAGAUGCUGUUAAAGCUGUAUUAGAACAAGGGUGGCAGGCUGAUCCUUCCACACGAAUGGUUGUACCCAAAAAAACCGAACCUCCUCCAGUACCACAGAUUCCUAAUGAACAACAGUUGGCCAGACUAACUGACUACGUGGCCUUCCUUGAGAACUGACAAACUACCAUCAGCAAGGGAGAGAACCCAGCCAUGUCGGUUCGUUGCCUUGAGAGUGACAGAGAUGAGCAGAAAUCUCUAGCAGACUUUAACUUAAUCUCGAAUGUACUUGUAAAUAUCAAUGUCAUUAAAUUAAAGGCCCUCCAGGGAAUAUCUAGUGUUUUCCACGAAGUAAAGCUUUUUAUUCUUUGAAUCCCACUGACUGGCCUUCAGAAAAGCCAGCAUUAUAGGUUCUAGAACUUCCUGCACUGCUUUGAGUUUAUCCACUGAGUUGGACUGUUUAUUCGUAAGAAAACAAAAUCCACAUAAUGCAGUCACGCACCAGGCUCUCUGUCUUGGAAAAACCAGGGCAUUUUUUUUCAUGAUGUACAUGGUUAACAAGCUAUAAUAAUACUAAAUGAGAGAUUUUUUUUCCUUAAAAGUUAUUGGUAUCUGGGUUCUAGAGUAAUGUCUGGACCUUAAGUUUGGAUACAUUUUGAGAGGCUCUGGUUUGUGUUUAAUGAUGAUUGGCAAUGGGUUUAAUAUACUUAAGCAAUGCUCGCGUCUUUUAUCUUUGAGAGAGAAAUUUGGAACUGGUUAUGUAUAGCAGUGAAAAGGAUUGUAUUGAGUGGAGACUAAACUGAAAUGAGGUGGUGCAAUUAACUAGAGAGUCGCUGCAGCCAAGCAUAUCCCAUUAAUAUUUAUGCAGGUAACAAGAGACCACUUGGUUCAUCAGGUCUACUCCUUUCAAAAUAUUUUCACUAUUACCUCAAGUUUUGAUCAGAUGUAUCCAAAAAGGCAAAUGUCCCAUAAAAUUUUCAACUGUCCUCACAUUUCUGCUGUUCAUCCCCCUCUUCCCAGUUUUUCCUCAACAUCAGUAUUAUAAACUUGUUCAUUGCAACCUGGUGCCUCAUAGUUCUGUCCUUGGUCUGUAAGUCAUCUAAUCUACUUGUCUGUAAGAUAAAAAAACAAAAAGUAGCAUGAGUAGGGAUUGUAGCUGUCAAGAAUUUUUAUAAGUUUGAAUAAAAUCAACUAUCACUUUUUAAGCUCUUGAGAACCUAGACCCAUUAUGUCUGGAUUCCUGGGAUGAAAGGGCAGCCCCAUAACAUAAGUACAUAUAUUGUCCCUGAGGUGAUGAGAUCAAAGCUAUAGAUAUGCUCUAAGUGUGGUUUCACAAAAGCCAUAUAUAAUGUGCUCCAACAUCCUUGUAAUAAUGACUGACAGUAUAUCUACUUAAUUGUUGCUAUGCCUGCAUGUUAACCUUAUGGUUCAUGUACAAGCAAUCCCAGAUCCCUCCGUGUGCCAAUCGUUAUUUACCCUCCUACCUUUCAAAAGAAUGUCUUUUCAUUCUUCUACUAAAAUGGAUUUUGGUAUCCAUCAUGCUUUAUCUGCCACCACCUUUUAUAGUCGCACAUUUUAUUAGAUUUAUCAAUAACAGACUGUAACGAUACUCAGUUCCCUCAUCUAAGUGAUUAAUGUGGUUUAUAAAUAGCCACACCCAAGUUGUGGUAUUGUGGUGAUCCACUUGUAGCUACCUAAAUCCAGCCUGCUUAUUAUUUUCUGUUUUGAAGAAAUACCUCUGCCUCCUAGUAUUUUAACCACCUGGAUCUUGAAAAUUUGCCUUCAUUCUUUCCCACUGAUGUAAAGUUACAUGUUGUAAGUUUCUGGAAGGGAACAUCUCUGAAUGGUGGGGAGUAAUUUUUAACCAAUCCAAAUGCACGGUUCAGUGAGUUGAUGUAUCAAUGAUUCACCACUGUUCAAAGUAAACCACCAUUUGGUUUCUGGCAUUGAAACACAAACAUUUUUAAAUUGUCCAUAAAUUACAUGAUGAGAACAGAAGUAUUACACAUUUUUGGUUUGAGAGGUUAUACUUGCACUGUCUGAGAGUUGGGUUGGAAGGCUUUGCAGAUUUCGUGGUCUGAAAGUCAAUGUCUAUAAUAGUUCUGACAAAAAUGGAUUUGCACUGCCUAGACCCAGUUCCUAUCAUCAUCAAAUCCACAAUGCAUAUUAUCGAUCAUUAUAUAUAUUUGCUGACCAGCAUCGAGGGGAGCUUGUGUUUGAGCUAUAUGCAUCUGAGUAGUGCAUUAAGGCUUAAGAGAAAGUUAGGGGAGCUAUAGAGGAAUUUUAACUGCAUUUAAACCAUGUUUUAAAACUUAAGUGCUUGAUGGAGUGUAUAAAAAAGCUUUUCCCCUGCAUCUGUUUGAGCUUGUCAUACGUGAUGCUGUAGUUGGCCAUUUGCUGAUAGAUGUUGACAUUCCUCUUUUAAUGUAGCCAGGCAAUUGGCCAUUGCUGCCCCCACCACCCCCAUGCACCCAAAUGAAGAGUUUUAGCAAGUCGGUUCUGAUAUGAUUCUUGCAGCACAGGAGGCCAUUCAGCCAGCUGUUUGUGCCAUCCAAUUAAUCCCAGUCAGUUAUUUCUACUUGGGUCUUCUUUCCCCAUCAUAGUUGUGCAUAUAUUGUUUUUCCUUCAGGUAGUUAUCCAGAUAUCUUUUGACUUGUAUCACCUGUUGAGAUGGUGUAUUUCAGAACACAAUAUUUCGCUGUGGUGAGGUGGAUUGUUGUCAUGUGUUAUCUCCAGCUCUUUUAGCUUAAUAAUCAGAGUGACUAGCAUUCUGUCACUAAGGACAGUUUCUCAUUAUAAAAAACAUUGAUGAUUUUGACCAUCUCUAUUAAAUGUUCUCUUAACCUUCUCUGCUUUGAGGAUAAUAACCCCAGUUUCACCACUGUCUCCACAAGCUUAAGUCUUUUGUCACUUUUUUUUAUAUUUUGUCAUAUUUUGUGGUAAUUGCACCCUCCACAAUUUUGACAUCCUGAAGCCUUGUACCCAGAUAUUGAACAAUUAGCUCGAGCUGAGGCCUAACCAAUGUUUUAUAAAAAGAGAGAAUGCCAGAAAUACUCAGAUCAGUCCACAUCUGUGGGGAGGUGUGGCAUGAGUUGCUAAGUAUUUCCAGUGUUUUUGUUGUUUUAGAAUUCCAGCAACUGCAGUUUUUUUUCUUAUAAAGAAUUCUCCCCUUCAAGAAAAGAGGGUUCCAUAUUUUUUUUAAAAUGGCUUUUCAACUUGUGAGCAUAGACAACCAGGUCUUUCUGUUAAUACACCCCUUCAAAAAAUUGUUCAAUUAAUUUUAUAUUAUCUUUCAUUCUUUCAAUGAAAUGUAUCAUUCUGUACUUCUGUCUAUUAAAUUGCAUUACCUGUA